ACAGGACAAAAAAGAGUCAGUGUCCCGGAAAGUGAUCUUAUAAAUAAAACUCUUAAAAUGUGAAAAAGUUAAGAAGAUUCAUGCCUUAGUUAAUCAGUCAUCUCAUGUUAGUUUUUAUUGGCUCUUACACUGUGAGCAAUGUUAGAACAAAGCUUUUUUGUUUUGCCUGUGCACAUAGUGGCUGUGGUUUAUGCUUUUCAACCACACAAACAAACUGGUCCUUUGCACUCACACUGGAUUGCCCUUGACCUGUAAUGAGUUUCUUUUCUUACGGCUGACUGGGAUUCCUGCACCAAUAAAAAUCUGUACAAAAGAUGUAGACUACAAAACGCGUCGGCCCUGUUCUGCUGCUCUGCUUUAUAUGGUCAGCAGACAUCUGAGUGAGGUAAAAAAUGGUUGUAAGGUGUUUACUAAGAGGACAUUGACGAUGUCGGCAGGCUCGUUCUCGUUGCCUUGGAUUCCUCUCAGUCCCCUCUAUUCAUGUGUGGAAUCUUAUUGUUGUCGGGGGCAUCAUUCAACCUGGCGUUUUAAGGCCGAGGGGAGGCCGGGUUUCAUGGUUCGGAGCAGCAGAGGGGUGUAAACAUUCUGGUGACAGUGAAGAUUCAAGGUUUCAGGGAAAAGACCAGAGGCAGUAGAGUGUUUGAUCCAGGAGGAACCAGCAGGAGAGGACUGGAAGAUGGCGCCUGUUCGUGUGGUUUUAUCCUGGUUUCUGUUCUGCAUCACCUCAGCAGUUCAUCUGGAGCCUGAGGAGGAGCUGAAUGAAACGGUCAUUUGUACCAAUGACCACAUGGAUGUUCUUAUUCCAAGUGUUUUUUUCCUCAACAAAGUUCCUCCAGUUUACGUUUGGGAUUUGCAUUUAAAUGAUCCUGAGUGCCGUGGAAUUGAAGUUGACGACAACUAUGUUUUCAGCAUCAAAACUAACCUUUCAGACUGUGGGACUGUAGUGGUCACAGAUGAUACACACAUCAUGUUCAUUAACACGAUACAGAACAACAUUUCAGAUGUUAUUACAAGAAACUACAUCAACAUAACCUUUGUGUGCCGCUACCCCAUCAGCUACAUGGUUCAACAAAGCCAUGGCGAAAACCUGAUCCGAGUGGAAGUCAGAAGCAUCACUCUUAACACCGAGGAUGGGAACUUCUCUGUGUCCAUGUUGUUGUAUAAAGACAGAGUAUUUCAGGACAAAUGGACCUCUGUUCCGUCACUGACCCUGGAUGAUCAUGUUUUUGUCAAAGUUUUUAUGACUCCCGCUCACCUGAGGCUGCGUUUAGAGCGGUGCUGGGCCACACCGAGCAGAGAGCCGUUCAGCAACAUUCAGUACACUUUCAUCAGAGACAGUUGUCCAGUGUUGGUGAACGAAGAGACGCUCAGCGUGCUGAAGAACGGCGAAGGUCCCGAGGCCAUGUUUAGGAUACAGAUGUUCAAGUUUGUCGGAAGCUCGUACACUAACGUCUUCCUUCACUGCAACGUGCAGAUCUGCCACAGCAGCCAGAGUCUGUGUCAGCCUAACUGUUCUGCUGAAGACGGACUAAUGAGAAUACGGAGGGACGUUCCGCUGACCCACACGGUGUCCUAUGGACCAAUCAGGCGACUCCUAACUGACAAAGACAAGCCCAAUCUGAACCCCAGCGGUGUCCCACCUGUGGAGACGUUUGUCCUCGGAGGCCUGCUGAUGGCCUUGCUGCUGGUCACCGUGGUGUUUGGGAGGCUGUGGCUUCGCUCCAGGCGUCUCUACUCAGCACGAGAGGCACAGCUCACCCUAGCAAAUAUUCACUACAUUUCAGAGGUGGCCUGGUGAAUCACGGAGCUGGUAAAUGAACAUAAACACACUCCCAGGUCUGGCUCCGAAAUAUGUGUUGUGCUUAUUUUGUCUUUACAUAUUUUUAUUUGUAAAAAAAAUUACAUUUUUAACGGUGUUUGUCUUCUGUUGUCUCACUGGUGACAAUGUUUAAAUGUUAUUGAGAUUUCCAUUAAAGAAUUAAAAUACAAUUUUCA